CACACAACAACAGCAGGCAUGAGUGGACGAGUUGGAGACUUGAGCCCAAAGCAGGCUGAGAUAUUAACUGAGUUUCGGGGCAGGAUCCAGGACGUCCUCCCCAGCCUCCCCGCGCAGCACGAUCACUACCUGCUCCGCUUCCUCCGAGCUCGUAGCUUCAAUGUUCAGAAAUCUGAAGCCAUGAUCAGAAAGCAUGUGGAGUUCAGGAGGAAGAUGAACGUAGACACCAUCAUCUCUGACUGGAAACCUCCAGAGGUGAUUGAGAAGUAUGUGUCUGGAGGGAUGUGUGGGUACGACAGGGAGGGGAGUCCCAUCUGGUACGAUGUGAUUGGUCCUAUGGAUCCUAAAGGUCUCCUGAUGUCGGCCACCAAGCAGGACUUCCUGAAGACCAAGAUCAGACACACAGAGAUCCUGAGGAGGGAGUGCAGGAGGCAGUCUGAGAAGUUGGGGCAGCACAUUGAAUCUAUCUCUCUGAUCUACGACUGUGAAGGACUCGGACUGAAGCACAUCUGGAAACCUGCUGUAGAGACUUAUGGAGAGGUCCUCACCAUGUUUGAAGAGAAUUACCCAGAGGGCCUGAAAAGGGUUUUUCUAAUCAAAGCUCCCAAAAUGUUUCCCGUGGCCUACAAUCUAAUCAAACACUUUAUGUGUGAGGAAACGCGGCGCAAGAUCAACAUUUUAGGAAGUAACUGGCAGGAAGAGUUACGUAAACAUGUCGACCCAGACCAGCUUCCUGUGGCGUACGGUGGAAACAUGACGGACCCUGAUGGAGACCCUCGCUGCAGAACCAUGAUAAAUUAUGGUGGCACAGUUCCCAGGUCGUACUAUGUGCUGGACUCGGUGAAUGUUCAGUACGACAGCAGUGUGACCGUUAGCCGAGGCUCCGUCUUCCAGCUGGAGUACGAUGUGACAGCCGCCAGCAGCCUGCUGAGGUGGCAGUUCACCAGUGACGGAGCAGACAUCGGGUUUGGAGUGUACAGACGGACUAAAGAGGGCGGGGGUCAGAAAGUGUCUGAUAUGCUGCAGGUUCUGCCCAGCGAGCGCUACAACGCUCACCUGGUGCCUGAAGACAGCUGCCUCACCUGCCCCGAGCCCGGAGUCUACGUGCUGUGCUUUGAUAACAGCUACAGCAUCCUGCAGUCUAAGAAGGUGAGCUACAAAGUGGAGGUGCUUCCUCCUGCGGACGGAUGCAGCGUUCUUGCAGCAGACGAGGCAGGAGGCUGCGGUGAUCGAGAGCUCAGAUCCCCGUGUGACAGAGUUCACUGAGUGUUCAUCUACAGCAAAAUCAAUGCUUUAGCAUCAGGGCAGCAUUAGCCCUCUUCAGGGCCCUAGGGCAAAACAUUAGCCAUGGCCACCGAUUACAUUUCUCCCUCUGUGCACUGUGUAUGUAUAAGGUCACAGUCGGUAAUUAGCCUGUGAAAACAUGAUCAGCAAACUGAGGACAGUCUCGGUUAGAGAAUAGCUGGUAAAGAUCGAGGAGCAUUUAUCAGCUGAGUAGACACAUAUUUACCUCAGAAGUUGGAAGAUUAUUGUAACAGUAUUGAUUAUAGCUGCUUCAAGUACAAGUCAUUUCCAAAUGUGUCUUUACGGACAAGAAACUGACUCUCUGCAGAAGAAAUCUACCAAGGGAAAGUGAGCUUUCAUACCAUCUUUUCCAUUUACGGACACCAGUUUCUGUGACGUUUAAGAAAUCAGUUUACUGGCUGUUACCCAGUUGAUGUAAACACUAAUGAACUCUAACACUGUAGAGUUCAGGUCUACAUUACUGCAGCAAAAGGAUAAGUUAAACCACUGGAGGUCCUCAAAGCAGGAUUUUCUGCUGGUGUUAAGUUACUCUUUAAGCACACAUUUAUUUAUCAUUUCUGCAAUGUAAACAAUAAAGUACAAGAAUGUAGAUUUUACCUCAGAAGAGCCAGACGUUUAGGUUGCUGUCAUACAGUAUAUCCAUUAAGGUUUGGUUUACUGUUCAUUUAGAUAGAUUACACACAUUUCUUUACUUUUAACAUAUACACAACUAAAAUAUACCAUGAUCUUCCAGUUAGAAAAGAUAUCACUCAGAACAAAGUUUUAAACUUUACCGACAACAUGUUUCACAGUUGCCUUUGUAGAAGUUUUAAUAGGGAAAUAUGUACAGGACAGAUUGUCCUUUGUUUAAUUUGUUUUUUUAGAAGAACAUGUCUCACCUGAAUUUGAAAACAGAAUCCCUAACAGUAUAAACUCAUAAUUUUAAAUGUCCCCUAUUAUACUAUUUUUCAACAAUAUAUUGUAGGUCUCAGAUAUAAAACAUGUCUCUGAAGUGUUUGGCUUGUAAUCCCAAACAGAUCAUGCAUUGCAGCAUCCCAUAAACCCCUCUGUUUCAGGCCUGUUUCAAAAGUGCUGAUUCUGUAUCUGUAGCUUUAAAUGCAAAUGAGCUGCCAUUCCCAAUGCCACUUGUUUUUUUAAAACCAUGUUUGGUUAAGUUAAAACACAAUGGUGCUCUAGGAGGAGAUUGGUUGGUGGUGGUUACCUUGGUUGGUUCUUUACUAAUGGUUUCACAUCCCAGAAAAACUUUGUGACAUCAACCGCAUCCUUGUGUACGAAGAAGCCAAACGUCACACACAGACUAAGAAGACCAAAGGAGAUAAAGUUACUGAAUGGCAUCAUUCAUCAAAUUCUGUUUCAGAUGAUUAUGUUUAAAUAAUUGUGCAUUAUGCUGCUCAUAUUGUUUGCCAUAAUCAUGAGAGUCAAUAUCUGUUUAAAUCAAUUAUGUUGAUAAUGAUCUUGCUAAAUCUCAGUGUACCCUUAUAAACAACAUCAAGUCAUUAUGAUAUCAUUUGUAAAUUCAUGUGAACGAUAUAAUGAAGUCUAAUGUAACACCAUUUCUACAACCUGAUAAUAAAUACAUAUUAAACACAAAG